UGAAAAUGUGGCAACACAACGUGCCACUACUGCCACGCGUGCUGGCACGGAUUUAGUGGUGGUUUGCUGAAACUGUCCUCGGCCACUACUUUGUGUGACCUCCAUUUCCGGUGUGUCAACCAGCGUGCGCCCAAAGUUCCUAAGUAAAAUGGGCAAGGAUUCCGGCCGUGAAAAGGAUAGCGUGGCUGGUGGAGGUCCUGGGCCUGCCACUGGAAGGAGGUCAACCCGUCCCGUCAGUGCCUCACCGUACUCGGAGCACUAUCGGCCACCGAUCGAUCUGUGUGAGCGGCACCUCAUCAACCAUCGCCUGCUGGUGUCGAAGCUGUCACGGCGCGAACUGGAGGACAAGUAUCUGGUGCUGUGCGAUGAGAACUACACCAUGAAAAAGCGCUUCCUGGAGCAGGAGGACGAAAUCAAGCGGCUCAAAACGCGCCUGAUGCGUCUGUCCAACGAGAGUCCUGCGUUCCGGGCCAGCAAGUCCCGCUUGGAUCUGUCUUCCAGCGAGCAUGGUUACAAUAAGCUGCACGAUCUGGAGCAACAGCGAAAGGAGCUGCACGAGAAGCUGGAAGCGCUACGCCGGGCUACCCUGAGUGAUGUCCGGCGGGUCGAGAAUGUUACCAGUAAACCCAUCCACCAAACCGGUCCCGCCCGCCAUAGUUCCGCUGCUGCUGCCGUUCCGUCACAGCGACCGCGGCACCGUGGUCAGCAGCAUCGGCAUCAUCACCAUCGUUCGAAAAGUGCCCAUCACCACCGUGGGGCCUCUAGUCGUGAGCCAAGCCGGUGCAAGUCUUCCUCAGCUUCCUACGCGGAAGGCCCCCGGGAGAAGGAUAAGCGAAACGGUCGAAUGGCUGGUCCCCGCAAGUCGUACGGUGCGGACGAUGAAGAUGAAGGCGACGACGAUGAUGAGGAGGGCGGGAUGAGUAAGGGAGUGGACGAGGAUCGUGACAUUGCGUCCGGUACGGCCGCCAGCGGCAGUGAUAUCGAUGCCCUCGAUGAUCAGGCAACUGGCGGCGCUGGUGCAACUGGCAGUGCCAUAAGCGGCGGCAGUGGCCGUUCCGGUCAUACGAAACAUCACGGUUCCCGCGGAAGAGCCGUUCGAGGUCAGGGCCGGCGGUGUGCUGAUUGCGAACGGCACCGUGCCGAACAGCUCACCCGGGAGACGGACUACGUGAAAAUGAAGCUCAACAUCAAAUACCUGCACAAGGAGCUACAGAAUGAGAAGGAGAAGAGUGCACUGUUGGCGCGCCAGCUGGAGGAGAAGCUGUCGUACGAAAUCAUGAAGCGUAAUGCGGCCGAAAACCUGGAAAUACUGAGCCUCAACCGGCAGGUCGAGGAUAUGGCGCGGGAACUGCAACGCCAGGCGGACGACCAGAGACGCUCGGUGGAGCAGGAGGUCCGCAAGCAAGGUGAGCUCGAGGGUCAAAUACGCAAGGAGAAGGACACGAAUGGUGCACUGUUCGAGGAGUGUGAGCGUCUGAAGAAGAGCAUCGAAAAGCUGAAGGAAAGUAUGUCGGAGGUGGAGAUCGAGCGCGACUUUCUGAUGCGCCAGCAGGACAACUUCACCAAGAUCGUCGACGAGAACAAGCUGCUCAAGUACCAGCUGGACGAGCUGCGACGCCACAACCAGCAGCUGCUCGAGCAGCUCGAUGCGCUAAAGGCGGAGGAAGCCGUCACGAAGGACUCGCAGCGAGAGCUGCUGGAGAAGCUGAAGACACUGCAGCAGGACAACGAUACGCUGUCGGUGAUGCUGGAGGGUUUGCGCACCGAGAACGAGGUGCUCACCGAGGAGAAGACGCAGCUCGAGCAAAGUCUGAAAAGCUUGGAAGCUUCACCUAUCCGGGAACUGGUAGCCGUGUCACCGCUGGCCUCUCCGCAGAAACCAUUGAUGACAGCGGUUGCGAUUCAGACUGAUGGGCCAUCAACCGGCCAGGUCGUUGCUGAAGAGAGCACAUCCAAAGAGUGCCCAAAAGAACCAAAAACAGCUGUGCUAAGUAACGACGGCCCUGCUUCGAAUGUUGGGCUCGCAAAGGACGAAGAAGCCGCACCACAAUCCCCACCACAACGGUCCUCUACAAAGUCACCAAGAACAAGUCACCGGGAUCCUUUGGUGAAGCCCGGAAACGCCUCACGAUUGCUACAGCAUGCCAGCGUUAGCCAGAUGUUACCGAGGCUCUCCUACAUCAUGAACAAUCAGAUCGAGGAACCGACGAGACCGAGCAACAUGGAGAUACUGCUGACAAACAGCUACCCAACGGAGCUGCAGAAAUCAUUCGCCAGCAAUGAGCGGUUCCGUGUGCUGCAAAAGACGAUGCGCAAGCGGGAAUCGGAACGAUCGGAACGGCAUAUCGAAGCGGCGUCCGUUGAUAGCCAAUCGGAACGGAGGAAGAUCUCGUUUCUGGACACCCCGCCCGAAACGGUGGAGGAAAACUAUGCACGCCUGUUCGAUAUCGGUCGCACCGCCACGGUUUGGCACACGAUCGCAAACCCACUAUCAAGCGGCAGCUCACCAGCAACCGAAUCGCGUAGUACGAAUGACCGCAGUGAAAAUGAUGUUACUGCGUUAACGAUCGAAGUACACUCGUUGCGUUGGCACGAAUCGGCCUACGAACUACUUCAGGGCGACGGUUCAUCCUCGUACUACGUCGAGUUCACCUGUCUCGAUCUGCACGGCCAUCAUCUGGAAACACCGGGCUCGGUUCCACUCCUCACGGAGACGGGCGAGUUUCGAACGGAGCACACGUUCCACUUCCGCGUUCCGAUCCCUCUCGACGAACGGCAGCACGCGGAACGACGCGAACGGUUGCGGACAAUGCUCAGUGGAUCUGUGGAGGGUCAAGAUGCGAUCCGGUUUGUGGUGGUGAAUGAUCGCGAUGACGCCAGCGGCCAACCGGGGGUACCACGCAUCGGAGGAGACGAUGUGGGUUACGCGUCGUUCCGAUUGAGAAGCGUACUGCUCGAGGCACCUCCACAAGCCGAACAGCUGAUCGUACACGCGGCGAUCUAUGACUUUCGCCGGGAUCACGAUGAACUCGGUGUGCUUACGGUGAAGGUGGACAACGUGAAGCUGCUGCGCGCACUGGCAGCGCUCGAUUGA